GCCUGCGCGUAGGGUCGUCCCCACUCCCGUCCCUAGUGCUAAGGGGCUUUUGCCUUUGGAACAGACAACAGUGUCUUGCUUACACCUCACAUCAAGCUUCUAUUGAGACAUGCUGUAUUUUCUCUUCCAUUGCUAGUAGGGAAUUAGUGAUACGCCCAAGCUAGCUUAACACCACGAUUGUAGGAAGAAAAAAAAAAAACUCUCUCCUAUAAGUGUCAAAGGAAUAUAUAAUAUCGAAUUAAAUUAUACCUGACGGACCAAAUUUACAUUUUGCAAAAACAGAAGAACAUUUGGUGAAGUGGAUCCGUGGACUCGAACUUGGCCAUCUGUCGACCUUGGAGGGAGCGAUGGAAGCAUUGGCAAAGCUAGAGAGACUCCAAACUCGACUCCUCCAACGCAUAUCUCACGUGGAAUGCUCUCAAAACCUGUCUAUAUCAACAACUACUUCCAACAGUACCACCGAAGAUCGCCUUUCCGGCAUUCUUCGAGCGAACGGCGUUAAUGAUUUCAGCUUCAAGCGAGUUCCGUCUGAUUACUAUGAUUGGCCACUUGAAGCUCGUCGUGACAUUGUCAAUGCCGCAUCCAUUCAUCAUCUAUGCAAAAGCAUCGUUCUGGACUUCUGGUGAAUACUCAAGCCCCAUCAAGUAUUAUCGAUUGUAGUGACCGUAACAAUUCAAAAUACUACGUCGUAGUUGUACAGUAUGCUGCUCGAUUUAAUGCUGAGGCUGUAAAGAAUUUUUUGUACACUCUCAAUGAUGGCAAGAUAGCCAAAAAGAAAUUUAACAUGAGGCUGGCUCCUGAGGAGAUAUCAGCAAAGCUGACUGGUUAUGAACACAAUGCAGUCACAUGUAUUGGCAUGAGGACCGACAUACCGAUAAUAGUAGCUAAUGCCAUAUCGGCUAGCCUCUGAGCUGCUUCUAAUGAAAGCCAAGAUUAAAUGGAUAAUCACGCUAAUGAAGAUACCAACUUGACUAGAACACUUCUGUUGUGAAUCAUUGAUUCCUUUAAUGUGUUGUUGGCUAAAACACAAUAUCUGUCUUUCUUGCCUUCUGCCCUCAUGUGCAUCAUAUCAAGGUAUACUAGCUAGUCCAACCUUCUUGUCCACUGCUGUUUGCCGUAGCCUGAACAAAUUGGGCCCUGUGGUCUAGUAGCCAGGGUCAGAUUCCUGUCACUCUCUUGUUUAGCCAAUUGCUAAUUAUAUGUCAUACAUGCUGAGGGGUCCCCGGUUUUCCACUUUUAGAUGGAAAGUGGACUAUUUGGUAUGUGUUUUACUCUCCAUAAUUCUCUUCAAUAAAUGGACUCUAUGCUAUUCAUUGUGCCAGAUGUGCCGCUGCUCACUGUUCCUAAAAUCUGUAUCUGUUCAAUGUUGUUGAUCUAGAAAUGCAGCCUGCCAGUUGUUCUCACUUAAACCUUAGAUUAGAGGCCAUUUUCAUUAAGUUUUGGACCUCUUUUACUAUAACAUUAAUACACUUUUACCUACAAUUAAAUUACAUAGAGAAGCUUUCUUUUUUGCAAUUAGUAAUUAGUAGGCAGAAGAGAAGAGGAAAGUCCACUGAAACUUGGUCAACAACUAAAGAAUUAUGUUUAGCAGCAAAACCUAAUCUUUAAUUGAUGAUUCUCUUGCAAAUACGUUUAUUAAAUUCUUCAAGUAUAGCAUCCACCGUUUAAAGCCAAACAGCAGUUUCUUACCACUCAAACUUAUAUGGUACAACAGUUCACCUGAUAACUGAGUUUCCAGUUCACUUUAUGUUGUGGUGGAAGAUCCUAACUAUUAUGGAAAAUAGCUGUGUAUUACUAUAUCAUUGUAAUUCAUACUA